AUCUUCAAGGGUUUAGAGACUUUAGGGUUUAUUUGAGAAGGGAGGCUGAGACAGAGAACCAGAGAGAUGGGGAAGAGCGAAAAGACGUCGUUGGGGCGAUCACUGGUGAAGCACCACAACCAUAUGAUUCAAGAAUCCAAAGACAAAGGCAAGUACUACAAGAAUCUACAGAAGAAAGUUCUCGAAUCCGUGACCGAGGUCAGCGACAUCGACGCCAUCAUUGAGCAAGCCGAGGAGGCUGAGCGUCUUUACACCAUUAAUCACAGCUCCUCCACACCUUUGUCUAUCAAUCUAGACACAAAUUCCAGCUCAAGUGUUAUAGCAGCUGAAGAAUGGAGAGAGCAACAGAAGAUAGAGGAGGCUUUACACGCCAGUAGUCUUCAAGUGCCUCGAAGACCUCCGUGGACACCCGAAAUGUCAGUGGAAGAACUUGAUGCUAAUGAAAAACAAGCUUUUCUAAAUUGGCGCCGGAUGCUUGUGAGCCUUGAGGAAAAUGAAAAGCUUGUGUUGACUCCAUUCGAAAAGAACCUUGACAUCUGGAGACAGCUUUGGCGAGUGCUUGAACGCAGUGAUUUGAUUGUUAUGGUAGUUGAUGCUAGGGAUCCACUGUUUUACCGCUGCCCUGAUCUUGAGGCAUAUGCUCGAGAAAUUGAUGAGCAUAAGAAAAUAAUGCUUCUAGUUAACAAGGCGGAUCUUUUACCUACUGAUGUCAGGGAGAAAUGGGCAGAAUAUUUCCGCCUUAACAACAUUCUGUUUGUUUUCUGGUCAGCCAUAGCUGCUACAGCCACCCUAGAAGGUAAAGUCUUGAAAGAGCAAUGGAGACAACCCGAUAACUUUCAGAAGACAGAUGAUCCAGACAUUAUGAUAUAUGGCAGGGACGAGCUGCUGAGUCGUUUAGAAUUUGAGGCUCAAGAGAUUGUCAAAGUAAGGAAUUCUAGAGCAGCAUCUGUAUCAUCGCAGUCAUCGACUGUUGAAUAUCAACGUGAUCAAGCCGUGGUUGGAUUUGUUGGGUACCCAAAUGUUGGAAAGAGUUCAACAAUCAACGCAUUGGUGGGUCAGAAGCGAACAGGUGUCACCUCUACCCCAGGAAAAACAAAGCAUUUCCAGACUCUGAUAAUCUCUGAGGAGCUUAUGCUAUGCGAUUGCCCUGGUUUAGUCUUCCCUUCGUUCUCAAGCUCGAGAUAUGAAAUGAUUGCUUCUGGUGUACUUCCGAUUGACAGGAUGACGGAGCACCGUGAAGCUAUUCAGGUGGUGGCUGACAAGGUUCCUCGACGUGUCAUUGAGAGUGUAUACAACAUUUCUCUUCCUAAACCCAAAACCUAUGAGCGUCAGUCCCGCCCGCCUCAUGCUGCAGAGCUUUUAAGAAGUUACUGUGCUUCUCGUGGCUAUGUUGCCUCUAGUGGACUACCUGAUGAAACGAAAGCUGCUAGGCUGAUUCUGAAAGAUUACAUUGGAGGUAAGCUGCCGCAUUAUGCAAUGCCACCUGGAAUGACACAAAGUGAUGAAGCGGAUAUAGAGGACACUGAAGAACUUGAGGAUAUUCUCGAAGGGUCAGAGUCUGAAGACUCUACAGUAGGAGAUGAGACAGAAAGCGAGCAAGUUCCUGGUAUUGAUGCUGUGCUAGAUGAUCUGAGCUCGUUUGAUCUUGCCAAUGGGCUUAAGUCUUCAAAGAAAGUGACAGUGAAGAAGCAAACCGCGUCACAUAAACAGCACAAAAAGCCACAGAGGAAAAAGGAUCGGACUUGGAGGGUUCAAAACACAGAAGAUGGAGAUGGGAUGCCUAUGGUUAAAGUUUUCCAGAAACCGGCUAACACAGGGCCUCUCACGAUGCGUUGAUUAGCAAAUUGUAGUUCAUCCGAGCAAAGAUGGCAACCAAAGCUACUUAAUGUUUUUUUUUCAAAAAAUGUAAUAACAGUUGAACCUGUCG